ACUUCCAAAAUACGUAAAGAACACACAAAGGGCUGGGAAGGGCCUUUUUAUAAGAGCAGGUGUAGCAGAAAUGCUGAGUCACAGGCUGAAGCGGUGAUUGAGCACCUGCUGGGAAGGCAGGGCCAACCCAGGGUAGCUCAGGUGCAUGCAAUGCUCCUGAGUAAUGAGAAGGGGUGGAGUCGGGAUCCACCCCUUCCCAGAUCUCAUUUAAAGCUUGGCAGCGAAGGCAAGGGUAUCGUGUUGGUGAUACCUGCCUACUUGAGGUGCUUUCAGGUGACUAUCAGGUUUAUCGGUGGGAAGCUUAACUGGCUAAAGAGAAGGAAGGAAGCAAUUUGCCUGACGCAGAACACUGAUGCAGAGCUACCUCUGAGCCGGAAUUGCCCGACUGCUUUGAGACUGUCUAUGUCAGCUGGCCAGACUUACAGGAGGAACGACCGGAUGAUGCUGAGGAUUCCUGGAUUCACUGAUGGAAGCAGGCUUUUGAGACAAGGAAACUGUAAGAUAAAUUUUGGGGUGACAGAUGCUCACGGUACCAUCUGGGAAGACCGAGGGUUGCAACCGAAGAGCAUGGCUAUUACACAUUGUGAAGGACAUGAGAAAGAUCUGCUUGAGGCACCAAAGCGGGAAGGACCGUUCCAAGUACUUCUAACCACCCGCACGGCAAUCAGAAUCGAGGAGGUGUCUUCGUGGAGUCGUCGCUCCGGGGCAAGGAAGGCUCCCAACCUUAAUGGACCCCUACCCUAAGGGACCUCUGAAACUUACGAUGCGAAAACAGAAUGCUUAAUAUUUAUCUCACCUGUACAAUUUUAACUCUUUAUUCAGCUUGGUCAGAAAAUACCUAAAUAAAGCUAACUGAAAAGCUUACUGAAGCUUUGAAUGUUUCAGGUUUGUUAGUAUGUACAACCUUCUCCAGAGCUGAAGGAAGGGGUGCUAGUUUACCUAGCAGUUGCACUGAACUGAUUCAUACCAGACUGGGUAACAAAUCAGAUUGAAAAAGAUGGAGGAAAGGGUAAAUAUGGGGAAGAAAGUCAGAGCAAGCUAGGCCCCAGAUUUGACCUACAGUCAUUAAUAAUACGCUGUCCAUUUUUAUAGACAGGAAUGAUGACGGUGUGGAUCCUAUAAACAUUGGACGGAGGGACGUGUCAGGUCUAGGGUAUAGGUAGGAAUAUGGCAAUUCUGGGCUGGUAACUGGGGAUAAUGAGACAGCAAAGUAUUAAAAGGGAUCCUAGGACUAAUAGCACUACAGUGCGGUCCAGAGAUGAUGUAUCAGCUACGGUGGGAACGAGGACUGUGUUAACGGUGAGAAUGACUACUAGCCUUCAUCGAACAACCACCAGAGACCUUUACCACAUUUGUAGAAUGCAUGCUCGAGAGGGUGGGAUGACAUGUUAAGUAUUUGUCAGAAUUCUGGCUCACUUUUUUUGGAAUGUAAUAAAUGUCUGUACUUAAGCAUUUAAAAAUGUAGUUGCUGCUUCUGUGUGUGGGUGAGUUAGGGGGAGCUAUGCCCUUCAUACCUGGUGCUGUAAUAAACAUACCUGUUUUAAACCUUAA